UAUGGGCAGGUGGAGGUGUGACGAAAGGGUGGCAUUUUCAGUGAGAAAUUGGUGAAAUUCGCAUUGGGCUCUUUGUGAUUGACAGAGAAAAUGGCGAUUGUUUUGUCACUCGAGGGGUGAUCAGUGUGAAAUUGCGUGUUCAAAUUGGAAAAUUGAGUUGGAAUCGGAGGAAUUGAGGCGAGUUUGGUUGCUUGGAUGAAGAGUUGUGGAGACGUGACAGGGCUGAUGUGGGGAAAUGCAAGGGAGAGGUUCUAGUGAGCUUUUGUGUGGCCCACGAGGCUGUUGUCUGUCCCUAUGAGAGCCCCUCUGUGUCAGUUAUUUGCGUAUUACAAUUCCCAAACACCUACGAAACCAGUACGCUGUGUGUGGAUUUCUUCACGAUAAAAAAAACACGUCUCAAGGCAAAAUCCAGCUGAUUUUGCCCCCGCGAUUACUCACUAUUUGCGUGAUUCUUCAUACAUCUUCGCUGUUGGAAGUGAUAAGUUUUUGGCACGAGUUGGUAAGAAGAUAAAUUCCAUUGUGCUCAUUUAAUUGAAUUAAUGAUUCAUGGUUUUGAGUGCAGCACUUCUCUGGGCCUCAAUUGUCUUGCACUGUGCCGGAGAUCCGGAGCUUGCAUAGAUAUAUUCCCCAUUUAUCAGUGUGUCUGAUGGAAUUGUGGGGCGAAAUUGCAGUGAGUCGUCAUUUUGUUACGUCACUCAUGGUCAGAUAUUGAGGAAGAAAAACAAAGAAUUUGUUCACUUCUCGAAAUGGCGAGUCUCAAGAUUGUGUGUGGCGGCAGAGGAGGGCGAUCUGAGGAAGUGUGUUAGUCCAGUUCAGGGCGGAAGGAGAUGUGCGGAGGGGCAGAGAAGAGGAAAUGUGUUUCACUUCCCCGCUGGAAUCGACCAGAAGAGGGCAAAGGACAAAGAAGUGAAGAGAGAACUUGGAAGAGAAUCAGAGCCCACAUAAUGCAAUUAACUGAGUGUCCAUUGUUGGAAGUAGGGAACUGAGUGUGAUUGUGAGCUGGGCGAUAGCGUGAUUCCGAACAGCUUUCGCUGAUAAAAUUGUGAUCAUCUCGCGAGAAUGGCCACCAGGAAGAAAGUGCUGCUGAAGGUGAUCAUCCUGGGCGACACGAGCGUGGGCAAGACGUCCCUCAUGAAUCAAUAUGUGAACAAGCGCUUCUCAAAUCAGUACAAGGCCACAAUCGGGGCGGAUUUCCUCACGAAGGAGGUGGUCGUGGACGAUCGCGUGGUGACAAUGCAGAUCUGGGACACAGCGGGUCAGGAGAGAUUUCAAUCACUGGGAGUGGCGUUCUACCGCGGCGCCGAUUGCUGCGUGCUCGUGUUCGACGUGACUGCGCCCAACUCAUUCAAGAACCUCGACUCCUGGCGGGACGAGUUCCUGAUUCAGGCCAGUCCCAGGGAUCCCGAGCACUUCCCUUUCGUCGUGCUGGCCAACAAAAUCGACUUGGAGAACCGAGCUGUAUCGAGUAAGAGGGCUGAUCAGUGGUGCAAGUCGAAGAAUGACAUCCCCUAUUUUGAGACGUCGGCGAAGGAGGGAAUCAAUGUGGAUUUGGCGUUCCAGACCAUUGCCAAAAAUGCCCUCGCCCAGGAGAGUGAGGUGGAACUGUACAAUGAAUUUCCAGACCCGAUCAGCUUAACUAGUUCAAAUAAUCGUCCACGAAAUUCGGACAACUGUCCAUGCUAAUAAAGUGAACAGACUUUCAAAAAAAUGA